AUGCCCACCUCCGCCGACGACGAUGCUCCUUCUGCCCAGGCUAUACCCCCCCCACCCCCCAGUCGACCCCGGACCCCGGUGCACUUCCCCCACGCCCCCAUCGGCACCCCCCCCCCAACCCCAACUACCCCUCUCACACACCUCUCUCUCUCGAGAAAAAAAAACCCCUCUCGACAAUCUUCCGUCUCCCACGCCCCCAUCCACACCGCUUCCGACAUCGAGCUCGGCCUCCAAACCUACAACCGCAUUGCUCCCCCUAUCACCACCGCCACCGCCACCAACGCCAACGCCAACGCCAAGGGUCAGAGAAAGGCCCCGAGGUGGGUGGCGUAUGUGGCAGCGUCGGUUUUUAUGGGGGGGGGGGGGGUCGUUGUGGGAUCGGUCGUUCGGUUGGUUUAUUAUAUGACCAAGCACCGCGAUGUGAGGAGUUGGACUUGGGGGAGAUGA